CAACUGUGCUAGUUUCUAGCUCUGAACCCUUGUCUAAUUUAGAUUCGCAAUUUCAAGUGGUAAAAGAUCCCAAUGCUAGAAAAUCAGCUCAUCAUGAAGGUAGACUUACUAAAUCAGAAGAAAUAGUAACUCAACAAACCACACCAUUAGAUAAUAUAGAAUUGCAAUCUGUUUAA